AUGGAGCCAGACUCUACCUGGGAAUACGAGGUCGGAAGGAAGAGCUUCCUCUCUCUGACGGCUGGAGCUCUCGCCUCCUCCUUCCUCCCUGCAGUGGCAGGAGCCAAUGACGAUCCUCGGGAGAUAGGCGAGAUUCCAGCUUCAGGAAAGAACGGCCUCAUGGCUCAUCCCUGCCUCGCUCCUGCCUCGUGCCUCAUCUUCAAGGACAUCAUCAAGGUCACUUCCUUCAAGGACCCCAAAGUGAAGGGGGUGGAGCUCUACAUCACCGACUUCGAGCGCCCCAUCACCGACAGGCUGCAGAAGAACUUCUUCUCGGACCCCACGCAGGCCUCCAUCGCCUGCGCUAGGACUGGCCCGAUCGAAUUCGCUGCCGACAUGAAGAAAGGAAAAGAAGGAGAAGAAGUCUUCGAGCAGGCGAGAUCUCUGCUGUUCAAGAGCCUUCGAGUUCGGCGAGUUUACGACGAAGAGACUAACACACUUGUGUACGUGUCUUACUCCACUCGCACACAGGCUCAACAAGGACGACGACGAUAAUAAAUCGAGAUUCAAGAGUACAACAUGUGCGAUUCAUGCCGAUCCUUGAGCCUUGCCAGGCCACCAGAGGACUAGAGGCACCACGUUGGCGGUUGUCAGUGUGAGAAACUACAUGUAGCUCUUUCAGGCUUUACUGU